GGGGACCGUCCCGGAGGUGUACCGAGGCCGACACCUAAAGUGCGCGCCAAUCGCCAACUUCGCCGUCAGAGACAGUAGUCAAGCCGAAGAGAGUGCCGGAAAGAUGAGCUAUUCGAGGAGCGUGACCCUGCUGCUGCUCCUGGCAGUCCUGGCACGUGCCCAUGGUGCCACUCUACUCAAUGCUCCGCCAUGCCCUGAUCCUUAUGGGAUCCACGCUUACGCUCACCCUGAGGAUUGCGGGGCUUUCUUCUUGUGCACGAAUGGCACGCUAUCCUUCGAAUACUGCGAAAACGGACUUCUGUUUGACGGACACGGUGCUGUGCAUAAUCAUUGCAAUUAUAAUUGGGCCGUCGAUUGCGGUAAUCGCAAGGCCGAUUACACGCCGAUCAGCAGCCCGGGCUGCGAAUAUCAGUUCGGCAUGUACCCGGACAGCGAUAGCUGCAGCACCACUUACAACAAGUGCAUCUACGGUGAUCCACAUCAGACCCAUUGCGACCCUGGCCUGGUCUACAACGCCAAGACCCACACGUGUGUGUGGCCGGACGAGCUCAUCCCCUUCUGCAACCCCGAGGCUAUAGUGGGAUUCAAGUGCCCGCACAAGCUGCCCCCCCACAGUCCCGCCGCCAAGUUCUGGCCCUACCCGAGAUUCCCUGUGCCGAGUGACUGCGGCAGGUUGAUCACCUGUGUGGAUGGACACCCGCGACUUCUCACCUGCGGAGAUGGAAAAUUGUUCGAUUCUGUGAGCCUGACUUGUCUGGACCCGGAUGAAGUUCCUCACUGCUCAAAUGGCAUUUAAACGUGGAGGCACAUUCUUGACAAUCAACAAACAUCAGACAACGAAUUAUACAAUCGGUAAUAAAUUAAAAUUUGAUAAAACGAUAUGAGAAUGUUAAUUAGAGAGUUUUAAAUAAAACUAAAAAAUUAUGUGUACAGUAAAAAAAUUAAAUUAUCACAGGACAAAAUUGAUUCUGGAAAUUGAUUAAGAGAACUAAGGAGAAAAAUCAAUUAUAAAAGUCAAGGUAACUAUAAAGAUAAAUUAUAAAAAUAUUAUUAAGAAGACAUACACUUUUAUACAAAAAAACUAGAAGAAAUUAAUUAAAACUAAAGGCAAAAUAAAAGAUUUAUAUUCCUGUUAGAUUCUAUUUUGAUUCGGCGUUGCCAAUAGGUGGAGAAUAUAUCAAACGUAAAUUAUUAUUAAUAAUAGACGUUUAAAGGGGACUUAAUUGCAUGUAUCAUGCGUGAAGAGCAAAUGUACAAUAUGUAAUACAUAUAGUGUAUUUAUAUAAUACGAUAUGUAAUACAUAUAAUGUAUUUAUGAUAAAUAUAGUAACAAUGUACAGCCAGGCAACAUUGAAUAAAAUCUGGACAUGCGUAUAA